AUGCGAUUCCAGCAAAGCGUACUUGCUCUGGCCCCGGCCCUCGUCGCGGCCAUUACUCCUCCGAACCUACCAGGCAUGAGCAUUGUCUGGUCCGAGUCUUUCGAGGGCUCUGCUGGCUCUUCCCCUAAUGGUGACGUUUGGAACGUCAUGGACGCCAUCAACACCAACAACGAAGUUCAAACCUACACUACCUCGAACCAAAACGUCCAGAUCAGCGGUGGUGGUACCAUACAGUUCGUUCCGCGCGUAUCUCAGGCUGGCCUCUGGACCUCAGGCCGUAUCGAGACUAAGGGAUCUUGGACUCCCGCACCCGGCAAGGUUACCAAGAUACAGUCGAGCAUCCUCCUAGGAAGCAACUCGGCUGUCAACAAGCAGGGUAUCUGGCCCGCCUUCUGGGCUCUCGGCGAUGCGAUGCGCCACGGUACCCAAUGGCCUGCUGCCGGAGAGAUCGAUAUCAUGGAACAAGUCAAUGGACUCAACACCGGCUUCGGUACCGUUCACUGCGGAUCUGCCAUUGGCGGCCCUUGCGCCGAGCCUCUCGGUCUUAAGGGAAGCACUGCCAUUGAACCCAGCGGCUUCCAUACCUGGGGCGUCACCAUCGACCUCACGAACGACGACUGGCGCGCACAGACUAUCAGCUGGACGAUGGACGGCAACGUCUACAACACCCUUACUGGAGCUACUAUAAACGAUGCUCCCAUCUGGUCUUCCUUGGCCCACAGCCCCUUAUACAUUCUUCUCAAUGUUGCCGUGGGUGGAGACUGGCCUGGUGCUCCCAACGCUGCUACGCUUGGUGGCUAUGGCAGCAUGAUGGAAGUCCAAUGGGUUGCCGUCUACUCGUCUUAG